UGGGCAAGGGCUUGUGGGUUGUGUCGGGAGACAGGGGGUUGGCCAAGAUGACCUCUGGCUGCCCCUAUCUCCAUCUCUACUGUUCAGGAAGAAAAGAACCACAGUGUCAGCUUCUAGCUAUUGUGCCUGGACAGGUGGCUCAGCACUUUCUAUUCUGCCGUGGGGUUGGGGGUCAGGAGUGGGUGGGAGCUGGGCCAGGGCUGGAAGGCCUGAGAGCUUCUUGUUUCCUGUGGCGACUAACAGGACUAGACAGUAACCUGCCAGCUGACUCAGCUCAGCUGUUCCAGCCGGGCCUGGGGGCUACAGAGGGAGGGCUAUAAAGGCCCUUUCCAAAUGUCACCUUCUCGCGGUCGAGCACCCAACUUGUCAACAGCCCCAGAGUAGCCCGAGCCCACCCUGUGAGUACUAAGCAUCCGGGGGCUGAAGGGCAUAGGACGGGAAGACGAGAAUCUGAAGAGAAAUCCGGGGCUGGGAAGGGCAUUGAAAAGAAGGAGAGAGCCUGUCCGUCCUUCUCCUCCACCAUACCCCGCUCCCCCAGCCUCAAUUCCCUUUGGUCGAUGGAACAACCCCAAAGACCUCAUUUUCAGCUGUCUCCUUCCUGACCCGUUGGGGGCUACAUCCCGAGAAGAAGCCGCAGCUCGGGGGAAUUCCUAGUCUAGGAAGUCACAGGGAUAGUUCAGAGUGAAGGUGGCAGAUGUACAAGAGAACCUCUUGAAGCCCGCGAUCCAGCCUGCCUCUGAUCCCGGGCUGGACAUCGGCGAGCUCCAGGAAAUCAGGCGCCUAGACGCUGAUCCCUAAGCCAGUAGUUUGUCCAUCUCGUUGCAGGUAACAUGAGCGGCACCCUGUCCCAGGGCUCAAGCCCAGCCCGCCUCACUCUGUGGGAGGAAGAGAAUUUCCAGGGCCGUCGCUGUGAGCUGAUGAGCGACUGUAGCAGCAUCCGAGAGCUUAGCGGCUUUCGCAGGGUGCGCUCUGUCAAGGUGGAAAGCGGCGCAUGGGUGGGCUUCGAGUACCCGGAUUUCCAGGGCCAGCAGUUCAUCCUAGAGAAGGGCGACUAUCCUCGGUCUACCGCGUGGAGUGGCAGCAGCGGUUACCGAACCGACCAGCUUCUGUCCUUCCGGCCUCUGCUCUGCGCUAAUCACAGUGACAGCCGAGUGACCCUUUAUGAAGGUGAAAACUUCCAGGGCUGCAAGUUUGAGUUGAGCGACGACUAUCCAUCCCUGCCUGCCAUGGGCUGGGCCAGCAAGGAUGUGGGCUCCCUCAAAGUCACCUCAGGAGCGUGGGUAGGCUACCAAUAUCCCGGCUUCCGGGGCUACCAGUAUGUAUUGGAACAGGACCGGCAUAGUGGAGAGUUUCGAAAAUACAGCGAGUUUGGUACCCAGGCCCAUACCAACCAGUUGCAAUCCAUUCGAAGAGUCCAGCACUAGAUUUGGCUGUAUUUGACCCCAUUAUAGGGUCUCCAUGAGCAUCUGAUACAUCUGGACCCAGAACCACCA